AGCACGUACAUCCAAAUCUCUAGAGGGCGCCAACAGUGGCUCAACCCUACAACACGGAAGUUAUUAUGUUGUGUAAAAAAAAAACACAUGUGGAUACAAGUGAAUUUGUACAUGUGAGGAACUAACCAUGGCUCAAACACAAAACAAUAUAAAGAAAACCUCUUCUAGAGACUUGUUGACCUGUGGCAACGGAAAAGAAAUCCAUGAAAAACUUCUGCUGAACUCUAAAAGUGCUUCACUGCAGACAGAAAGGGUCCCCAGAAGUAGUGUCUUGGACAGAAUGCAAAGUUUCCUUCCACAAAUCGCCCAAGCCAAUGAGUCUCUAAGACAACAGAUGGACGAGGCUCCCGCUGGUUUCUUUAACAUUGAGAGUGUGGAGGAUGCAGAGAAAAUCAUUGAGAUGGACGUGGCUCUUGUUGAACUGGAGGAUUCAGACAGCAGCGAAGAGGAUGAGUCGUCGUCAUCAUCAGAGGAAGACAGCUCAGAGGACGAGGUGCAAACUGUCACUGCAAAGACACUCAAACUUCCAGGUGACAGAAAGAGAAAGGCCAACAUCCAGGUGAUAGAGAAAGAGUGCGAGUGAGAGAACACAUACUGCCAACUGGAACUCUGGGAGAGCGCUGGACUCACGCCAGGCCAUUUCUGUGCCUAUUAAAGGAAUAUAUAACCCUUCCAAAUUUGUUGUUGUUUGGAAUGAGCACAGACCAGUGAUUUUAUUUCCUGGUGAGCUGGCAGACUGACAUUUCAUGUUCUUUGGAGAUAUUUUUAUCCAGAAGGUGAGUGAUUAAAGGAGUAGUUCACCAAAAAAUGAAAAUUUGCUGAAAAUGUACUCAUCCUCA